AUGCUGAGUCUCGUGAAGAAAGUGACGACUGUUUCUGGUCGUCGUAACCCCAUGCAGUCACGUCUGAUGAGCCACGGUCCAGCAGCUCCUGAGGGAAGUCUAGAGGCCAAAGUUCGCCAUUAUCUGCCCAAGGAUUACCACAUUGUACUGGCUACUUUGGGUGCUUAUGCGACAAUUAUUAUGUUGUUUAAGCUCAAGCCAUCGAAGAAAAAAGCAGAGGAGAUUGUUGCUACUCCCUCCAGCUCCAACUCGAACUCGACGUUAACAUCGAUUCCAUCGCUUUUUGACGACGAAUUUGACGAGUGGUCCAAGCUACCGGGCAACAUGGACAAGUGGGAGAAGAGUUUGGAAACUCUUGGCAACUAA